AUGAAUCCUGCUGAGCAUGAGGACUCUUCCCGUUCUAUACCCCGCAAGCGGACUCGCACCGGCUGUGUGAAUUGCAGUCGGCGCAGGAGAAAAUGCGACGAGGCCAAGCCAACUUGCACGGGGUGUAAACGUCGAGGGGACCGCUGCCAGUGGCGCGUCUAUGGGGCAUUUCGCGAUGCCAACAUCAAGGUGCUGGAGCCAGGGCAUCCGUCGAUGAGCCAGGCAAUUAGCCGGCCGUCCCGGCAGAAAGAAAAGUUCAAGAUCCUGACAGUAGAGCCAACUCGCUGGAGGGAGGGCAAGAAUGAUGCCAGCAGAGAGGAGAAAACGCCAGGCGGGAAUGAGAUCACAUCGCCAGCUUCCGAGCAGGCUUUGGAGACGUCAAUCUCAGGCCCUGCAGGGCCUGAGAUUCUGCGGCCAGCUCAAGGACCAGACGACCCCUUCCCGAGCCCAGGGCAUAUGGAAACGGCCAAAGACCUCACUUCUCCGUCCGACUCGACCCAGUUCACCAAUGAGCGCCGUCAUUCAUAUAUAUCUUCUCCAGAGCUGAUCGUUGACGAACUGACUGCCCUGCGCAGCCUCUCUCAAUCUUACCCUGGCAUGACACCGCCCCUUCUCGACUCCAGCGUCUUUUCCGACCUCGACAACCCAGCCGACGACGUAUUCCUGCCAGGAUCGGCCUACGAGGCGCUCCAUACGGCUCUCCGCAACCGCCAGCUCUGGACAGCACGCCCUGACACACCCAGUCGAGCUGCCUCGCCUACAGGUCUAAAUUAUCCUGCGCCGGAUCAUCGAGCUAGCGAGCGGGCCAGGCCAGACCGGUUCGAGUUGCCGCCGGACAGGGAAAAUAUUCUAUGGCAGAACUAUCUGAACGAGAUUUGUCUCUGGCUAGAUAUGUUCGACAGCCACCGCCACUUCGCGUCGACGUUCCCCCAGAUGGCUAAAUCGGCGCCGCACCUGCGAUACUCCAUCCUCGCCCUCUCAGCACGCCAGAUGGAGCGAAAGCAGAACGAAAAGUCCCAGUCGGAGAGCCUGUCUCUGUACCAGGAGGCCAUUCAUCUGCUCCUGCCGGAGCUGGAAAGCAAGUCGACGCCUGUGAUCGCAUCAUGUGUUAUUCUCUGUGUUUUGGAGAUGCUGAGCUACGUCUGCGGCGGUCUCAUUUCCGAAGAAGAAACCAUCAUCCCAAUUUACCGCUGGAUCCCGAGCGAUAUGAACCCACCCAACGCAACGCAGCUUUUCCUCGCCUCUGACCACGAUACCUACGCCAACUACACCGUGUAUCUGUGUGCACAGACUCUGGGCGUACUGUUCCGUCGCCCGCCAGGCUCGUCACCCUCGUACCCCGGCAGUCCGGACGAUAAUAGUGACUGUUAUGUUGCGCGGUGGAGCCGCCUGUUCGAAGCAGUAGAGCAGUGGUAUGAGAAUCGGCCGAGCCAGAUGAAGUCGAUAUUCAGUGUGUCGACGGCGACAUCAGCCGAUUGGGGGAGAGAGAGGCCGUUCCCGACAGUCCUGUAUGCGAACGGGGCUGCUAAAAUCCGUUCUCUGGCACGCGCGCCAGAUCUGCGCCAUCUCCACGUCCAACGCCCACCACCGCUCUGGAUCGCAGGCAAAGUAAUGUCGCAUCAUUCAGAACACGGGGCGAUCGUGGAGACGCUGACGAGGAUCGAGCGCGAAACGGGGUGGGCGACGGCAUGGCGGGUGGAGGAUCUACGCGAGUUCUGGGGGGAUGAUGGGGAGUAG